AUGUCAACUGAUUCAAAAGCUCCACAGUAUGUAAUUGAUUUUCCAAUGGCAAAGGAUUGCCAUUUUGAAGCAGAAGCAGAAGCAGAUGAAGAAGCUAAGAUAAGCGCCGGGAUACCGCAACGUUUCCAUCAAGAGUCUAUAAUCACUACAUUAGAGGUCAAUUGGUUGCAAGGGAUGCCAAUCACAUCUCAAAUUUUUUAUUCACCACAACCCAUGCUACGUACUAACCUACUUGCUAUCUCCGGAUUGAGCAAUUCAGUCGACAUCCAGCGGAAAAAAGGGCUCCCCCAACAAUAA